UUUCACUACCAAAGCUGAAUUAGAUUUGGAAUUUGUAUACUGUCCCCUGGCGGCCUCCUUCAUUUUCUGUUUGGCAGUGAACACCCACGACGAAGAUGUUCUUCCUGGACUGGUUCUACGGCAUCCUGGGCUUCCUUGGCCUCCACCACAAGAACGCCAAGAUUCUGUUUUUGGGCUUGGACAACGCCGGGAAAACCACCUUGUUGCACAUGCUCAAAGACGACCGUGUCGCUGUGCACGAACCAACUUUGCACCCUAAUUCUGAAGAAUUGAUCAUUGGCAAGCUUCGCCUUCGCACAUUCGACUUGGGCGGUCACGAAACCGCACGCAAGCUGUGGCGCGAUUACUUUGCCACUGUCGACGGCGUCGUCUUCUUGGUCGAUGCGUUGGACCGUGACCGCUUCCCCGAAUCCAAGCGUGAAUUGGACACAUUACUCGGAUGUGACGAACUCGCCAACGUGCCGUUCCUCGUGUUGGGUAACAAGAUUGAUAUCCCCCGCGCGGCUUCGGAAGACGAACUCCGAGCUGCGUUGGGCUUGUAUGAAACGUACGGCAAGGAAGCUCGCGGCGACCGAGAAGCCAACAUUCGUCCCAUUGAAUUGUACAUGUGCUCCGUGGUGCGGCGAAUGGGGUAUGCAGAUGGCUUCCGCUGGAUGGCUCAAUUCCUAUAAACUCACCAUGUCGCCGAUCCCGCUUCGGUGAAGAUUUGCAAUGAACAGUCCGCACCAGCCCCGAAGUGGAUUUGUGGAUAGUGUGUCUAAUUUCCUAACAACGAUGCAUGCAGCUUGAUGUCGCGCAUGCGGCGCUUGCUGCGGCGACAUGACCAUUGCGGCCCACUGAACCUCUGGCGAGCCGUCGUACAAUGGUUCCAACACGCUCUUCGAGUCGAGACUCAUCCUGACCGCAAGAUUCUCAUGGCGUGUCCGCCGUCGCCGUCGGCGACCCGUCCACGGCACACAAUUCAAUCCGAGCGCGAUUCGGGUGCUUUGACGAAGUGGACGUCGGCCGCGCCGACGAACUGGGCUGUUGGUGCCACGAUUCCAUCCCUUUUCUCAUCCCACAAAUAUGCAAGAUCGAGUGGUAUGUCCUUCGGUGUCGAUUUCGAGAGCGUGUGGUCAACACGCACCAACGGUGCGGUGGCAGCGGGAGCAAUGCGCUGUCUCCAUCGAAGAGUGUCCCACGCGGGGCAUGUCCCCAUUCAAAUUGUCGGCGUCCAUGCCCACCGCGACGCGGCGAUCGGGGCAUUGCGAGCACGGGGAGUCGUGUGGCGCGAGCGAGGUCACCCCACUCCCUCGAGGCUGCUCCCGAC